UUGUCCAUGCUAAACGCACCCUGAGUCUUGGAAAAACGUAGCUGUGUAAGGACUUUUUACAGGACGCACUGGAUGAACGGAACUCCUUUAUAAAUCAGAAAAUGUUUCCUGCGGGGAAGCGUCUAUAAAAUGACUCACGUCUUUAAUUUGCUCUCAGGAAUCUCGAUUUUACUCGUUCUUGAUGUGACCAGCUUUCACGAAAGUGUUGUGUCUGUGUCUUUGGUGGAAGAAGAUUCCGUCAGUCUACACAGUGGUGUUAAAAAACAACAGCGUAAAGACACCGAAUGGUAUUUUAAUAACCUCCGCAUUGCUCAACUCAAUGCAGAUCUCAGUUUUAACUGUACAGAUGUUCAUUGUAAUGAAGGCACUGAGAGAUUCAGAGACAGACUGAAGCUGGACAAUCAGACUGGAUCUCUGACCAUCAUGAACAUCAGAAACACACACUCUGGAGAAUAUAAACUACUGAUAAAGGGCAAUAGAGAAAUAACCUUUAAUGUCACUGUCUAUGGUGAUCCUGCUGUUCAACAUAAUCGAUUAAAGAAAAACCAGGCAGAAUCUGUCACUCUUAAUCCUGGCAUAAGAAGAGACCUAAUUGCUGUGCUGAAGUGUUUGGUUAAUGACAUUCUCAUAGCUGAAAUCAGUGUAAAUCAGAGUCAGAUCUGCGCUGAUGUUCAGUGUAAAGAGAGAUUCACAGACCGACUGAAACUGGACAAUGAAACUGCAUCUCUGACCAUCACGAACAUCAGAAUAACAGACUCUGAAAAUUAUACAUUAGAGAUUUUCAUCAGGAGUGACGAACGCUUCAGCAUCACCAGAGAGAAGAGAUUCAGCCUUAUUGUUGUUUCUCCUCCACCUUCACAUCUGUCUGGGAGCACAAUUGCAGGAAUAGUUGUUGUGCCAGUUGUUGUUGCUGCUGUUGCUGCUGUUGUUGCUGGUGUGAUUUCUCACCUUUGCCACAGAAAUGACGAAGCAGCCCCACAGAUUGUAAGUAUAACACACAGCUGAUUUAACAAGAUGUGGAAUAUUCUGAACAAAAAUAAAAAAGGGUAAGUGGUAUUUAAAGGUAUAGUUUACAGAAAUGAAAAUUCUGCCAUAAUUUGCUCACCUUUGACUUGUCCCAAACCUGUUUGAGUUUCUUUAUUGUGUUGAGCACAAAAGACUAAUAUUGAGAAAAAACAGCCAUUACCUUCAGAGUAGGGAAGUCUGUGAAAGCUAAUAGUUAAUAUUUGGGAACCUGUAAUUAUGAAGGGCAAUGUUUUUUUUCCAACACUCUUCGGGACAUCAUCUUGUGUGUUCAACCGAAUAAAGAAACUCAAACACAUUUGGAACAAGUCAAGGGUUAUGAUUAUGAAUAUUGUUAUUAAACAUAAGUUAUAUUAAUGUAGUGAUGCCUAUAUUGCAGUUCAUAUUUUGUACAGAUAUAGCACAUUUUAUUUGAAUACAACUAAAAAAUGUAAAAAAAAAAAAAGAAAAAGUAAUUCAUGAACAACAGAAGGAAGCACAAAUCCAAGACCUCUUUAUCAGAUUAAUCAUUUCAACGUUUUGUGAAUUUUUUUCUACAGGAUGAGCUUGAAGGUGGUCCUACUAGCAUUCCUUUGAGUAAUCAAGAAAGAUCAGACUCAGGCUGCCCACUAAUCAAUUUAUAACACUUUAAUACUGAAAGAGAGACUGGACAGAUUACGCUAUUGGAGAAUCGUUAAGAAACUUGGUGCUAAAUAAACCAAUUAGCUUUAGUUUGGAGGUGUUGCAGAGGAUCAGUGGAGGAUCAGCACUGCCGGAGUGAGAAGGUGAAUGAACAGAACUUCAGCUCUCUGCGCUCAACAUUUUGUUGACGGGACAAUUCCUCAACUCAGACGCUUGUGGCCAGCUUUCAUGCACUCCACACAGGAUGCCUGUGACCUGCAUCAGAAUGGUUACUAACACACUUUACAUAACACAGAACACAUGACUGCAUAAGUGUAAACUCUUUUAAAAUAAAUAUUAGCUAUGUUUCCAUCUAAAGAUGCAUGUUAGACUUGUGCGCAAAGCUUGAAAAUUCCAUAAACAGUUGCGAAUAAAGCACCAUUUCAUUCCACUAAGUCAAAGAGAACAAAAAAGCCACUUCUUGAUUAAACUGGGGCCAAAUAUCCAAAAACAAAAAGCACAUUCCUGUUGUAGAAGAAGCCACUGUGGGCCUUUUUCAUAUAUAAUUGUUUGCGGAUCGCAAUGUGGUCGCUUUUGGAGGCAUAAGGUGCUCUUUUGGAGCACAGACGGUAAUAGUAAUACUAUUGAGGCACUGUGAUGGUGGACUGAGUAAUUUCAGAAUGACCAAAAUAACAUUUCAGAUGUUUUGCAAUGUGGUCGGUCUGCUGGUUUGUCUAUUUAGUGAUGUCCCAACGCACCCAUCAUUACAUGAUCUGUUCAAACAAAAUCAUGUGACUUUUUGAUGCUGGAAUGAGUGAUAUGCAAAAUUGUCAGAUCGCCAUAUCAUCCCCCUUUGAGCUCGCUGAUACAUGAGACUAUCACAUGGGGGCACAGCAGUAUUUUGUUUACUUAUUUGCUCAUUUAAACAUUUUUAUUAAAAUGUAAUUAUUUCACUUCGUUUUAAAGGGCACCUAUUUCCCCCAUUUUUCAAGAUUUAAGAUCAGUCUUUUGUAGGGAUGUCAAAAUUAAUUGUUUCUUUGGUGCACCGCGAUGCAGAUAUGGAAAAUGUAAUAUCAGUUCAGUAAUAGAUCAUAACCGGUUAUUACAUACUGACAUUGUUUAUCUCCAGCAAUGUCGCAGUAGAAUACUAUGGCGAAGGAAGCGAGGGCGAGUAAAUAAACCUCUCCUACUACUUAAAAGGUAGAUAAUUAUGCACAGUUCACCUGCUUGUGAGUUUACUGGAAAGUCUUUCUUUGACACUGAAGGCAGCACAGCACACGAGCCGCUAUUUCACUACUAGGGAGAAAUGCUGUACAACUCCAUCUCUGCCUCUCUCUCUCACACUUCGGACAUUUGACCCACUGGCGUGUUUGUGAGGUAACUUUUUCUCUCUGCUUGGCUGUUAAAACGAUACUUGUGGAUCCUGACACGAGCGUGCCUGAGGUGCGAGUUUUCUCCACUGUGUCUAUUAUGGAUUACCUGUGAUAACCGUGUAUCAUAGACCUUAACCGCAAAUGCGCUUUCACUUCUAAAGCCAAUCGCAGCCCUUUUUGUUGAGUGGUUGAAGACAAUAGCCAAUCACAGGGGUGUAAGACCUCCUUUGACAGCGCUCAAAAAGCAAGCGGGAUAAUAUUUACAUUAGUUUAUUUCCUGUAAAUGCUCAUGCUGUCUUCUGUACAUGCAUUAGAGUUUUGUUUAAAACAUUCAAAAAGAGUGUUUUCUUUGAGCAGGUCAAAUAAAAAGGUACAGUUCAUAUAUCUGACUGCUUGUAUUAAAGGACAAUAUUGUAUCACAAAUAAUAUAUAAAUACUAAUAUAUUUAUAGAUUUUAAUUUUAAAAAAUUAUUGUGUUGUGAGGAAAAAAUCUAAUUAUGUAUGGAAAGCAUCAUCAAUGCACUGUGAUGCACCGAGAUAUCGGAUUGAACCAAAUCGAUGGCAUAAUAAUCAAUAAGUUAUAAGAUUAAAGUUAUAAACGUAUAGUGAUUUAUAAACAAAAAUAAAAUAAAGACAGCAUUUAUGCUAAUGAUACAAGGUGCUUGCUGUUGCAGCCUGAAAGUGUCGGUUAGGUGAUAUUGUGCACAAAAUGCACAAAAAUAGGUGGAUGAAAACAGUAUUACAUAUGAAACUUUACUAGGCCUAUACCUGAAUGUCUUAAAAAGCUCCUGCAACUUGAACACAUACACAACCUCAUCAUCUGACUCUAUUGACUAACCUCAGAGAGAAAGCUACUAAUGGUCACUUUGCUUUUGUGUUUGCUACCUAAAACAACUGGAAUGUCCUACAAUAGCUAUUAAACCUAGAACUAGGUCUGUGCAUUAAAUAAACUGUUGAUGGCCAGUCAGUAGAAUUUGUUGACUAUCAUCUUGGACAAUGAGCCACUUCUUUUGCUGCUUCUGUAUCACAUAUUUAGUAUUUUGUAUUGUGCUGUUUAGUGUCUGAUGUUGAAAAUAAGUGAUUAAAAGACUGUUACGUUUGGA